GAUCACAUCCCAUCUCGCAGAUCUCGGUGGGAGCCCACGGGUCGGUAUUCGACAGCCCAGUUUCAUCGAGCGCGUGCACCGCACCUUCAGCUUAUCCCGCUUUACUCUCUCUGCUCUUCUUCUGCGUCACUUAAACCCCCAUCUCUCCCCAUCUCUCUUCAUUUCAUUUCCUCCACGAAACGCAACACGGACUGAUCCAUGGCCAAUCUCUUCCCCCUCGCCACAGCCGUCUUCUUCCUCUCGGUCGCCUGUCCCCAUCUCUCGCGCGCCGCGUACACCAUCGGCGUCAACUACGGCACCGUUGCCGACAACCUCCCCCCGCCGUCCCAAGUCGCCACCUUCCUCAGGACCAAGACCGCCAUCGACCGGGUCAAGCUCUUCGACGCCAACCCCGACAUCCUCCGCGCCUUCGCUGGCACCGGUAUUGCCGUCACCGUCACCGUCGGCAACGGCGACAUCAUCUCCCUCUCCAAGCUCCCCGCGGCCCAGGCCUGGGUCUCCGCCAACAUCCUGCCCUUCCACCCCAAGACCCUCAUCAACCGCAUCGCCGUCGGCAAUGAGAUCCUCGCCACCUCCGACAAGAACCUCAUCGCGCGCCUCUUGCCCGCCAUGAAAGCCCUCCACUCGGCCCUCCAGCUCGUGAACGUCACCAACGUCCAGGUCACGACGCCGCAUUCGCUCGGGAUACUCUCGUCGUCGGAGCCCCCGAGCACCGGCCGGUUCCGCCGCGGCUACGACCGGGCCAUAUUCGCUCCGAUCCUGGACUUCCACCGCCAGACGAAGUCCGCCUUCAUGGUUAACCCGUACCCCUUCUUUGGGUUCACCGCCAAGACCCUGAACUACGCGCUGUUCAAGCCGAACGCCGGCAUUUUCGACGCGGCGACGGGGAAGAACUACACGAACAUGUUCGACGCCCAGAUGGACGCGGUCUACUCGGCGAUGAAGAAGGUGGGCUACGAGGACGUGGAGAUCGUGGUGGGAGAGACCGGGUGGCCCUCGGUGGGCGACGCCAACCAGCCGGACGUCAACAUGGCGAACGCGGUGUCGUACAACGGGAACCUCGUGAAGCACGUGAACGCCGGGAAGGGAACGCCGCUGAUGCCGAACCGGAAGUUCGAGACCUACGUCUUCGCGCUGUUCAACGAGGACCUGAAACCGUCGACCUCGGAGCGAAAUUACGGGCUGUUCAAGCCGGAUCUGACCCCGGUUUACGACGUCGGCAUCCUGAGAAACGAACCGGCUGGUGGGCCCGCUCCGGCGUCGCCCAGCCCGACGGCGCAGCCCAGCCCGACGGCGCCGCCGACGAGCUCGGGCAAGAAGUGGUGCGUGCCGAGGUCGGACGCGAGCGACCAGGCGCUGCAGGCGAACAUAGACUACGUGUGCAGCGCCCAGGUGGACUGCAAGCCGAUACAGACGGGCGGGGCCUGCUUCGACCCGAACACGGUGCGGUCCCACGCGGCGUACGCCAUGAACGCGUACUACCAGUCCAUGGGGCAGCACGACUACGACUGCGACUUCGACAAGACCGGGGUGGUCACGGCCGUCGAUCCCAGUUACGAGACGUGCACGUAUCCGGAGGGCGCUUCGAGCGUGAGGUUAGAAGAGAAGAAGACGUCGUCGGUGACGGGAGAUGCGAGGAGGAAAUCGAAGGAGUUGUUCGUGGGAGGUUCUUGCUUUUUGUUGGCCUACUUUAUGUUAAUUUGAAGGGAAAAGAAGAGUAAAGGGAAUUCGAACGUUAGCCCUCUCUCUUUUUGUGAUUGGAGCAAAUCGCGGCUUUAAAUUACGUAUUAUUGGCUUCUUAGGUAACGUGGAUUGGGGGGUUGCAAUUGCCAAUCAUCCCCUCUUUUCA